CGUUUCAAGGUCAGCGUGCGGGAUCAACACUCCCCAAUCCAUCGCCCGCAGGUUUACCUUCCUCUUCUUGAGUGCGUGAAGAGCAUAUUUUUUGCGUGACAGGCAGGCCCUCUCUCUCGUUGUCACCCUCUGUAUCAUCUCUGCCAAGACUGGGGUGUGUCCAGGAAGGCAGCUGUGUCGUGCGAGGCACGAGCGGAUGGCUACCGAAGACCCCGGCAGUGGCGGCGGCGGCACGGCAGACUCAUGCGCUGCAGGCGAGGGCCCGGGAACGAACCUCCCACGCACCGGAGAGUGCGGUAACUCCUUACAUGAUGCUGGCGCUAAAGACAGCGAGACCGCCGCAAGCUGCGCAAAGAUUUCGGUGAGCGUCUGUGGGCUGCCCAUCCGCGCCCCCCUAUCCUCCUGUUGGGCUUCCGCUACGGAUUCUUCCGCCCCUCCCCCUGCCGUCGACGCUCAAUUGCCGGCGGGAGAGGACGCGUCUGCCACCGUCCAAGGCAACGGCUCCGCUGCCACCCCAGAAGCGGAAACCCCACGAGAACAAAGCGAGCCGCCGUCCCUCGCCGCCUCGGAUGCCGUAACCCCUCCCGCGAGACCCACCCGAGCAGCGGGGCAGGCCAACGCCGCCGAUGAUACCGCCGCGACGACGACUCCCGCCACGCAAGGCACCGGGGAGGCGGGAAACAACGCGGCCACGCUGGCACCCUCGCCAUCGUCUUCGCCGCCCACGGCUGCUGCUGCUGCUGCUGCUGCUGCCCCCGCGGAGGCCGCCCUCGUUGCCGUUUCGGGGAGUGCUCCGGCGGAAGAGGAGGAUGGGAGUGACGCGGUGGAGAUUUCGGCGGAGAGUCUCGGUACCGAUAGUGUAGCUGGUUCCGUUGAUAAAGAAGUGACCGUGGAAACGGGAAUGCAAGACGUGCCCGCGACGGAGCAUGACGUACCUCCUCAAGAACAGUCGCAGGUAGAUGUGCAAGAAGCGACAGGCGGGGAUGAGGUCGUUGCGGUAGAGACAGCAGCGGCUGAGACUGAUGUUGCCGAAGCAGCGGGUAGUCCUACUGAGAGCGCGGCUAGUGGGGUGGAGGAAGCCGUAGAGGUAGAUGCAGAGGCACUGGCCGAAAACGAAGCUGUCGAAGAAGACGACGCUGACACUGAGAAGGACGAGGUGGCCGAAGAAGCUCAAUCUGAAGGCGAAGCUUCCGCGGAGGUAGCUGCUGCUGCCCAAGGAGAGGUGGCGACGGCGGGAGGAGAAGAGGCAGCAGCGGCUGGAGAAGUGGAAGGAGGCGAGGCGGCGCCGGGAGAAGCAGCGUCUGCUGGAGAAGUGGAAGGAGAGAAUGCGGUGCCGGAAGGAGAAGCAGCAGCGGCUGCUGAAGAAGGAAUAACGUUAACCGAAGGAGGACCCUCAGUUGUCGUUGAAGCGGCCACAAAUGGAGUGCCUCCGGACGACAGCGGCGGCGAGGCGCAGGAUGACGCCAAGGUGGAGGACGGCGACGGGCCAAAACUAGCGGGCGCGGCCGGCGAGGGUGAAGGAGCAGACGCUGCUGCACCGGCCAAUGAAGAGGUUCGAAAGGAAGCGGUGGAGCCGGCCGGCGGCGUCUGCGGCGCGGCGAACAGAGACGGGGAUGAUGACGUUGUCGAUCUUUCGUUGACGGCCAUGGAUGUAGACGAAGUGCAGCAGCAGGCCGAGUCGCCGGCAGCGGUUGCGGUAAGCGAUGCUAAGGUAGACGACAAGAUCGACCCCGAUCCCACAAUGAAAGUCGAAGAGGAUACCCCAGCGGCGGCGGCGCACGGUGCAGUUGACAGCAACGCAGGGGUGCCGCCGGAGGUAGAAAGUGGUGCAUCCAACUCGGAAAGUAUCGACGCAGGUAAAGGCGGGGUUGGUACGCAGGGUAACGCUAUCCCCGAGGGAAAGGCAGCCACCGAGAGCAAGCCGUUGGUGUCAGUAGCGGAAACAGUUGGCACCCCGGUCAAAGAACCCAAAGAAACGGGAGCGGCUACAAGUAAGGAGGAGCCUGGUGCAAAGGUUCAAGCGGGCAAAGAUACCAACGCGACGGCCGCCGCUGUUGCGUCGGAGGGAGCCGGAGACGAGGGUACUGGCGGGAAGACCAAGAAAAAGAAAAAGAAGAGCCAGGACGGAGGAGGCUCCGACAAGAAGAGCGAGAAGUCGGGGAGCGAUGGUGGUGGCGGUAAGAAAGGGUCGAAGAAGUCCGAGGCUGCGACCUCCUCCAAGUCGGAGGCCAAGAAGGCCGCCGCCAGCGACAACGACCAGUCCUCCUCCCAGGGGUCCCCCCGACCCCACAAGGAUAAGUCCGGCGGCAAGUCGUCCAAGUUUUCCAAGGGCUCCGGCAGCAAGCCGGACGGCGACAAGAAGAGCAGCAAGAAAAGCAGCAAGGGAGGUUCGUCCAAGAGCAAAGGCGACUCCAAGGCCAGCCCCUCGGAGAAGGAUAAGGACAAGUCCUCGAAGAGCAAGAAGGGAGAGAGCGGGCGUGACAAGUCUGGUCGCGAGGCCGAGAAGCCCAGCAAGCGCAUGCUUGCGAUGGACCGCGUCGCCGCUGCCACCGGCAGCGGCGGCGGGCGCGCAGGCGCGCAGGACCGUUCUUUCGGGGGAACUUCACGGCGCGGGGCCCCCCAGGGGUAUGCUGCCCAGGCCGCCGACGAGGGCUACGCUGCUCGUGCCGCCCCUUCCUCCGGAGGGAAGGGGCGCGAGCUUGACGACGGCGGCAGAGACUCGUCGUCCAGGAACCGCGACGAGUUCAAGGAGUACGCCCUGGCGGUGCGGAAGAGGGACCGGCGCGGGCGGGCGGACGAGCAGCCGGACCCGCGGGAGAGGGUGGGCGGGAGGUCACACCGCGGGAAGGAUUAUUCCCAGGACGUGCGGAGCAGCGCCGAUGACAAGCCGAUGUCGCGCUACCUGCCGGGCGACCUUCCCCCCAGCCGCCAGAGAUCCUCCAUGGGCCACGGCUCCCCCGAGAGCGCGGCUCGGAGCCCCAGAGGGCGAGGGAACAGCAGAGACAAGUAUCGCCGCGGGGAUUCCCCUCCUGGCGCUUCGUUCCGGAGGGGGCGGAGGGAGCCCUCGCCGCGGGGCGCCGGCGACCGCGGCGGCGGGCGCGGGGACAGGCGUGGCCGCGAUUUCUCGCCCCCGUCGCGCGGCUCAGAUGGGGCCGCAGGCUGGGAACGCGGAGGGCGCGGGAAGCCCCAGCGUGGAGGGUCCCCCCGGAACAAGAAGGCUCGGUACCCGGGCGGCGGGAGGGGGGGGGCGGCGGAAGACUACGACUACGAGCGUUUCACCGGGGCGGCGUUGCACGAAGGGCACGAAGCCUUCGGCGGAGCUGGGGGCCCCGUGGAGGGGCCCGCUCGCCCCCGUCACCUCGAGAGAGACUACCAAGGCCUCGGCGGUAGGGGCGGCGGCGGCCGGGGCGGGGGCAGGGGGGGCAGGGGCAGGGGAGGGAGGGGCGACAACCAUCCGAUGGCGGAGCCCGGGUUCCCGUCGCCGCACGAGAGAGGAGGGCCUGGUCGAGGCCGCGGUCGCAGGGGCGACAUGCCCGCUCCUGCCGGCCGCGGCGGCCGGGGCGGGGGGAUCAACGAGCACGAACGCAGUCCGCGUGGUGGCCUCGAGGCCCUCGACAAGACCUCCGUUGGUGUGUUUUCGGGGGUCUGGAAGGAGCUGCCGUUCGACGAGCACCACCCGGAGGACCCGUACUGGGGGGAGGAGCUUCUGCCGCAGUACGCGCCGCUCCCGUCGUCACGCCGAGAGGCCGCCGCCGGCAGGAGAGGCGAGGAGUGGGAGGGUGAGGGGAGGGGAAGACCCUUGCCGCCCGCCGAGCUCCUCCCGGAGUGGGAGGAUUCUGACCCCCGCUUCCACGACCCUGAGGCACGGGGGGGUAGGGGUAGGGGUGGUCGAGGCCGGGGUGGUGGUGGCCGAGGUGGAAGGGGCGGCGGCCGGGGGGGGCGCGGCCAUGCACCCUUCGGGCCUCCGGGAGAGGAUCUCGCCCUGCCCCCCGGGGAACGAGGUUGGGGACCGGACGAAGGAGGCGGCGCCGAAGAUGACGACGAGUGGGGUGGCAACGGUAGGGGGGGCGCACCACCGCCCGCGGACGGCGGGAGCGGGUUCCAAGAGUGGUCUGCCUUCGACGAGUCCCCGCCACGCGCCGCGCCUCCGAGGCGGGCUCCGAUGGGUGCGCCGGCGGGCGGCGGUAGGGGGCACCCGGCAGGCGGGGGGCCGGGCCCGAGGGGUGGCGGUCGGGGGCCCGGAAGGAUGGGUCCCCCGCAGGGAGAGCACCCGGAGAGGGGCAUGCCUCCGCACGGAGAGUACUACGACGGUGCCGAGAGGCCGUUGAGGAUGCGCAGGCGUGAGGCAAGACCGCCGCCGCAGGAUGAGUACUACGACGACCAGUACGAAGAUGCGGGCUACUACCCGCCGCGGGGCCCACGGCAGCCGGAGGAGCUUAUGCCGCAAGCCCGUCGUGCGAGCGACCCGUACUAUGAACAGCGCUCCCCGCCGCGUCGGGGACCACCUCCUGGGCACCAGCAGCAGCAUCCGGAGAGAAUGCCGGACAAGCGUCGGUACGAGGACGCCUUCGAGGACGAGCCCAUGCGGGGUCCCCCGCUACGGAACCGACCCGACCCCCGAGAGUUUACGGGACCCGGAGACGACCCUCGUCACGGCAGCGGUUUGGACCCCCAACAGUACGACUUCCGUCAGGAGGAUCGGUAUGCUCAAGGCCCCCCUCGAGGCAGCGGCGGUCGCGGCCCCCCUCCGCCCAACAACGGCCAGGCCGAACACUACCCGGGCGGGCCUCCGCAGCGCCCGCGGAUGAUGAGAGACGGUCGCCCACCCCAAGAGGGCGGACCACCCCACGGUGUACGCCCGGGUGGCGGCGACUACCUACCGAUGCAGGAUGGCCCCCCUCCUUCGCGAGGAGACCCCGGUUACUACGACGGCGGCGGGCCGUCGCGGGGCGGUGGCGGUGGCGGCCGCGGCGAGCUCCACCUCGGAGUCCCCCCCGGCGACCUCAGGCGUGAUCCUGACUUGAGGCUUCCGGCCGCCGGAAGGGUGCCGAUGCCCGGACCUGGCGGCCGUGGGCCCGGCGCCCACCUGGGCGGCCGUGGACCGGGAGGCCCGAGGCCCGACGGCGACAACAACCGGGGUGGGCCACCUGGGCACGGGUACGACCGCGGCGGGGACCAGCACGGCCACGGCCCGCCGCCGGCGUCUGAGCUCGGAGGGCGCGGAGGAGGAGGAGGGCGCGGAAGGGGGGGAUACCCCAUGCAGCACGGGCGCGGCAGCGGUGGCCCGCCACCCUCAGAGCACGGCCCUGGCCAAUUCGGCAGGGGCCCGCCCCGCAGGGAGCACUCGGGCUCUUUCGAUGACGGGAUGAUGGGUGUCGGCGGUAGGGGCGCCGGAGGUAGGGGGCGCGGCCGUGGAGGGCCGGUUGAUGGCCGCGGUGCCGGGCGCGGGCGCGGGCCUGGUGUCGAUGGCCGCGGCCCUGGACUCAACGGUCGCGGCCCUGGACUCGAUGGCCGCGGUCGCGGCGGCGGUCGCGGAGAAGUGGGUGGGAGGGGAGGAGAGGGAGCGGGUAGAGGCCAAGGGCACCAAUCGCCUGCUGCUAGUAAGCCGGCGGGGGAAGUUACAGCAGGUGUAAGCAGUCGCGGCACGGACCCUGCUGCUGCCGCGUUGGACCUUGAAACAAUGGACAUCCCUCUUCUCAGCGACACGGAGGUGAAGCGACCGCAACAGCCUCAGCAAAAGCCACAGCAGCAGCGCGAACCGGCAGCCGCCACCGCCACCGCCACCGCCGCUUCUGCCACUGCCCGUGGUCCAAGCCAAACUUCUGCUGCGCCCGGUGCAGGCCAAACCCCCGGUGCCGGUGAGGGCAAGACAACACCGGGCCUGGCGCUCGAGAACCAGCAGGAGACGGGCCCAUCUCGCAGCGCCGGGGGACGCCCCGCCGGCCCUGCGAAAUCCUCCGCCACCGAUGGGCAACGCCCGCAAAUGACGGAUCUGUCCGCUUACCAAGCCCCCACUGGUCAAGGCCCGAAAGAGACUCGAGUUAGUGCCACCACAAGAUCGCACAUGUCCCCCUACCAUGGGCCCGCCACCACUCAGGCACGUGGCGGCCGGGGCGGCGGCGGCGGCGGGGCGUACCGGAACGACCUACCGGCGUACCAGCCGCCGUCCUCUGCCACGUCCUCAGCGAGCAGUGCCGCAGCGCGAGCGGGUGGUGGUCAAAGGACUGACCUGUCGGCGUACCAACCUCCGAGUACGGCUUCCGGUGCCUCUGGCAGUGGUGGAAGACGUUCGGGGGGGCCUCGGACAGACCUUUCCGCGUACCAGUCCUCCCCGGCCGGGGGUUCUCCGGGUCAAGGAGGGAGGCGGACAGGAGCGGCCAGGACUGGUGUUGGCUCACCGUACCAACCGUCGAGCGGUGCCAAUCAGUCGUCGCCUGCCCUGACCGGCACUGCAGGGCCGCAGGGAAGGUCGAGCCAUGCCACUGGGGCGGGAAACAAUGGCGCUGGGAAAGUACCCGGGUCCCGUCACGGCGCUCACGAGACGCGAUCUGCCGGCAGCACGGGCGGUGUAGGCAAUGGAGGCGCCACGUCGGCCGUGCCUCGUGGUGGCAGAUCCGGAACUCUGGCGUCUGGUGUCCCUCCCAAGAUGAAGGAAGGGCAAAAUGGAAGCGCAGCUGGAAUGAAGACUGCAGAUGUUUUGGGGUCGAAGGCGGCCAGCGGAGCCCUGAGCGGCGGGCCGGGCCAGCAACAGCCUCAGUGGAAGCAGCAAUCUCACGCUCAGCCAGCAGGAGGCGCAAAGCCGCGCGCUGGGACUCAACACUACCAGCAGCCAAAGACGGCAGCGGUGCAGGCGACGGCCGGGGGAACGAAGUCGAGCGCGGUAGAGGCAAAGAAAGUGGGAGGUGCUCCUAGUCAACAGCGACCUAGGCAACAGCAACAACCACAGCAGUAUCAAACGCAACAAGGGCAAGAGCAGCACCAGUACCAACAGUAUCACUACACGUACCAAACACCGGCGGCAGCGAGCGGCGGCAGCGUGUAUGUCUCAUACAACCAGCACCAGCAGCAGCCUGCUGCCGCCAGUGCGCCUGCUGCGGCCGGAGCGCCUGCUGCAUCAAAAGGGGUGGCACUAUCAUCCUCGUACGGCAAGACAGACACACACGUCACCUCCACUGCUCGUCCCGAAGCUACUGCUUCUGCGGCCGCUGGAUCGACGUCAUCAUCCACUGGCAGGGUGGAGUACACCAGUGGUGGCGGGAGCCAGGCUUGGAGCUCCGCCGGCAAAACCGACGCCGAAUCCGCAGCACCGGCAGCACAAGUAUCGGUAACAGCAGCACCAGCCACAGGUGCCGCAGCAGCAUCACCAGCCACAGGUGCCCAAGCAGCACCAGCAGGAGUAGUGUCCGCCAUUGCCGCUGGUUCGAGCGCUAUUUACGCGAGCGGAAGUGAAUGGCCACCCCAGCAGCAGCACCAGCAACAACAACAGGUUGUGCUGCAGUCGGCCGGCGCUGCGGGGCAACAGCAGCAAGGGUAUGCUUAUUCGUACCAGCAACAGCCUACGUAUGCUACGCUGGGAGUGUCGACGACGGGGCAGCAACUGCAGGGUUCCUCCCAGCAGUAUGGCAUUCCACAGGCGGUGGUGGCAUCACCGGCGGCAACCGGGGUUCAGGGAAUUGCGCAAGCGCCGGGGGAGACGGCGGUUGUUCAGCCCCCGCUGCCGGCGACGGGUCUUGUUCAGAGCUCGAGCGCGACAGGCGUGCAGUACUCGGUGGUGGCGACCCCGCAAAGCAUGACAGCCAUCCAGCCGCAGCAACAGCAGAGCGUGCAGUUUUCGAUGGCCCAGCAGCAGCAGCUGGUGCAGCAGCAGCAGCAGCAGCAGCAGCAGCAGCAGCAGCAGCAGCAGCAGCAGCAGCAGCAGCAGCAGCUGCAGCAGCAGCAGCAGCAGCAGCAGCAGCAGCAGCUGAUGCAGCAUCAGCAUUUGCAGCAACAGCUGCCGACACCAACGCAGCAGUACCAGAUAUUCCCGCCGCUUCCCGCCGGUCCGCAGUCGGCGUCCCAGCAGACGGUAUACACCCCGGCACCCGCACCACCCCCGGCGGACUACAACCCUGGGACCCAAGGACAGCAGCCAGGAUGGGGUUGAGCUUGAGCGUAGGAGAGGAGUGCCUUGCCUACUUCCGGCAGGAUAAAUGGAUGUUACUUGGCUUGUGUUGAACGACGGGCGUCUUGUGAUGGUCGCUCGAUGGAGGUCUGCGUGCGUGGAUGUGGAGCUCAGCCAUUGCCGCUCGGAGGAGACUUGCAUGCGUGGGGGGAGAAAUUGUCGGAGCAGCGGGAGCGCGUGCUUGGGUUCGCGGAAACUUUUCUUCGCACCAAUAGUGUGCGUGGUUGUGUUUUGUCUUGAUUUUAUCAGCCUCGUCCGCGCUUGCCCGUUCAGCAAUGAAGAAGGCCCACUUGCCAACAGCGGACACAUGUGUGGGUGGAGAUCUCGCUGUGUGUGGCGCUGACGCUACAAGGAACAUAUGUUUGCCUCUAAAAGCAGGAGAUGGCGUUGGCGCUUGCAACGAUCAACGCGACACGGCAAGGAUCGGUUGUUGACAAACAGGAUGGAAGGAGAGCUUCCCGACCAGCAUGUCUGUUUGCAAACGCAUGGAUGCCUGGCGGAUGUUGCGCUACAGCGCAUGCGUCGUUGUAAUUAUUUCACGUUGCUUGGAGUCUUCUGUGUUCUGCCUUGGAUGCGAAUCCGGGGAGGGCGUUAUUUUUCAAGGGAGCAAGGCGAGGGAUCUCGAGGCUCGUGGCAGGCGAAGCGGAGGAUGGCAUGGAUAGCCCGACAGGAGCGCGACAGCGAUGUCAGCUGUGUUGGCGGUGGUACCCUCGGGCAAGGUUUAAGGUUUUGUGUUUGAUGCAGAUAUCGACGUUGUUGCGUUCUAUCUGUCCAUACCGGUAGUCACGUACAGAAUGGAAUAUCCGGUGCGAGUCCACCAGAUGCUGCUGCUGCUGUUCGGAACAAAUCGAUGGGGGGGCAAGGUCCAAGCGAAAGCCCGCCCUUCCGGUUUUCGGAUCGCAGUCAGUUCUGACCAUCCAUCGAUUCCGGUAGUCGCGCACAGGACCAGACAUCGGGAGUGAGCCACCUGCUGCUGCUGCGGAGUUUGUCCGACGGUGUUUGUCCGACGGGGCGGGGGCCGUGGAUUGCUUGUUUGUUUCAUCAGGGGAUCCAAUGAUACCGAGAUCCGAGGCAGUUCACGCGUCGGGUAUCGGGUUAAUCGUGUUUGACCAUCAGUAUUUCGGAGUGGAACUCAGUAGUUGAAGGGUGUUUUUUCUUCAAGUAGGUCCUGGUAGUUGACAUGGGAAUGGAGCAAGAGCUCUGAGGAAGAUACUGCAGUUUACUGUCGUGUUUUUGUGGCGGUGUUGGAGUGUCGAUGGACACAUGAACAAUAUUUGUCUCGUAAAACGGCGAUGCAGAUGCCCACAAAGGAGUUUAUCGUUAUGCUCUAUUCGGGCAGCUCUCUACCUUGCCGCGAAGCGAUUCUGUUGCCUUGGAUGGCAGGCACGGCGGAAAGUGAGUCAAACGGUGUUUGCCGCUUCGGGGCGGGUCGUUGUUCCUACGCGCGAGAGCGCUCGAUUUGUGAACAAGGAUAGGAACUUGCCCAUCUGUUAAGUAUUAGAGUAAAUGUGCCGAUUA